UUUCGUGGGGUGGGAAUCCGAAUUACUGAAACAGAGGGAACAAAUGGAGAUCACGUCGGGAGGGUUUGGUCGUGGACCGAUUGUGGAGCUGAUGCGUCCGAUGAAAAAGGAUAUUAGGAUACGAGUGACCGACAAAGCACGUACAGUUGCAGCAGGUAUCCAAGAACUUGUACAGUUACUACGUGAAGCUGAAAUGACGACGGACAAAUCUGAUGAUAACACCAAGCUCUGGGACACUGCUAGAUCCCUAAUUGGGAUACACCCUACCCCAGGCGUGCAUGCCCAUGUGCCACCACCAUCUCUCUGCACCAACGGGGCCCAACCCGAUGACGACUUCUACUCCAACCCAGACUUCUUGAAUGCGGUGGAGGAGAUAGAGCGUGCGGUUCACGAGCGGAAUGCCCUCUCGAAUGGGACGUCAUUUACCUUGGGGGGCGAUCACGGUGCGGGUUCUUCACAUGUGCACUAGACAACCCACAUUGCUCCUUGUGUUGAGCGUGCCGCGGUAAUUAGAACACGGUCGGCAACCAAAGACUUCAGCGCUAACCCAUCUGCACAGCCAAGUUCGAGUGCUCUACAUAGCCGGACACACCACCCUGUUCGUGAUGAUUGUGUUAUAACCGCGCCCUAGGUAUUCAACACUGUAUGGAUCAUUACUCUGCAAACACUUGUUGUAUUCAAGAUGCUCUUAAUGAUUGUUCUGCAGGUUCUUUCCUCGGUGAUAGAAGUACCCACGUCUACUACUACACACCUCACGGGUAGUGCCCCGCUGAAAGCGCUCAAAACACCUCAGGAAGCUAAUCAUCCCCCAACUCCAGUUGUCACCAAGCUUACACACCAUAUUGCCACGGUCGAAGAGAUGGAGAAUGCAGUUCACGACCGGGAUGACAUCUUUGAUGUGCCAUCAUUUAGCUUAGGGCUAACACAGGGUGCUGGCAACUCACCCGUGCGCCAGAGGACACCCUUUGGUACUUCUGAACAGCGUCCCUCAAUAAGCAAUGCAACGACUACGGUAAUUACAACACGGUCGGCGGCCAAACACAACACCGUCAAACCAUCUGCACAAACAAGCCCUGGUGGUACACCUUCCCUGUCACACCUCUCUGUUCCUGACGAGGGGGUAACCACCACCCCACAGGUAUUCAAAACUGUAUGGAUGGAUACGCUGGGAACACCCAGUGUAUUGAAGUUGCUACUAACACUCGUUUUGCAGGUCGUGGUCCCGGUCCCAAGACCACUAACGUCAACUACCAGUUAUUGCACGGGUCGUGCACCGCUAAAACUACUAAAACCAUUGCGAGAGGGAAAGCAUCCUCCGACUCCAGUGGUCACGAAGCUUUUACACCAUGUCGGCCAGGUGGGGGGCUGCCCUACGUGGACUGUACCCAAUCAGACUUAUGUGUACCGCUGGGUUGUCGACAACGUCAAGGACAACAGGGAUGAUGAGUUAUUCCGCUAUAAGGACUACAAGGCAACAUGGGGGGCGUUGCUACUUUGCAGGAGGGGUCCAAGGUUGCGUAUAGAGUAGUGGACGCUUGGGCGUGCGUGCUAAACUACCGAGAGCUUACCAAAGGCGCUGGUGCCCCUAACAGAUUUUUUGCGUCCACCAAAAUAGCGGUAUGUUCUUCUUGACUAUAUAUCUCAACUACGAAACGUAACUAUGCCAUUGCCUAACAUUGUUUGUGCACGACCAACGCAGCUGCAAUCGGCAGUCAACCACACAGCUCUC